UAGUUUUCCACUAAAUGGAUUUUAAAAACUAAUUACAAUCAAUACUAAAUACAUUAAAAUUAAAAAUCUAAAAUUCUAAUAGAUGCUAAAAUAUAUCACAUUACUAAUUCAAAGCUACUGAGAAAUUCCUUUAAAUGUCUUCUGAAGAUUGGCAAAUUAUCACAUCCUCUUAUUUCACAUGGAAGAGAAUUCAAGAAACUCGUUGCACGGUUUAAAAAUGUGCGUUGCCCAGAUGCUGACUUAUAAGCUGGGAUAUUCAAGUAAUUCUUAUAUCUAGUAUUACGGUCAUGAACGCAAUCACGUGUCUUAGAUCUAUGACAAAGGUAGCUAGGGGCUAACCCCUUAACACAUUUAAAUGCUAAAACUCCAAGUGUAUAUUUAAGAAAACUGGUCACGGGGAGCCACCUUAGCUCUCUUAAUGCCGGUGUUAUAUGAUCAAAUUUCCGCUUUCCAGUGAUAAUUCUACAAGCAAAAUUCUGAACUUUCUGCAGCUUCGAGAUAUUUUUCUUUGAAGUAUUAGACCACACCGGAGAACAGUAGUAUAACUUGCUAAACACUAAGGCGUUUAUAACCCGUUCUAAUGUCCUAGCAUCAAACAGAUGCUUUACCCUAUUAAUCUGACAUAAGCUACCUAUGCACGAGGACACUGUUUGGGUGACAUGUUCAUCAUAGCUUAGAGCGCUGUCCACCUGCAGGCCAAGGUCCCGAGCAGAAGGAGAUGGAGUGACCUUCUUUCCAAGGAGAGUGACAUGAAAAUCAGCGGGCAGCCUCGGAAGCAUCAGGCGUGUGCCCAACACCAGCAGCUUGGUUUUCUCUGGGUUUAUGAGAAGGCUGUUAUAGCAGCACCAGCUGCUGUUGAAUCAUAUUACUAGCCUCAGCAGCUGGGAACGAAAGGUAUAGCUUUGAAUCAUCGACAUAUGAUUCUAGAGAACACACGUCCGGUAUAGAAGGAAUGUUGUUGAGGUAGAUAGUAAACAAGGCGGGCCCCAAGAUUGAACCCUGUGGGACUCCAUGUGAGACACCCUGCAAGCUUGAGGUCUCAGCUUCGAUCCUGACACAUUGCAGCCGUUCAGAAAGGUAGCUCUUGAACCAAUCCAGAGAUACACGGGAAACACCUAGCGCCUGCAGUUUUGCAAGGAGGGUUACAUGAUCUAUGCUGUCGAAUGCUUUCGACAAGUCCAGAAGUACCACAAGUGUGACUUUCUUUGCAUCCAUAGCCUCCAGUGCUUUGUCCGUGAUCAUGACGUUAAGGGUUUCACACGAAUGAAGCUUCUUGUUACCACUUUGGUGUUCGCUGAGGCGCUUUUUGGUGGUCAUAUAUGUCAUUAAUUGAUUCAGAGCAACACGCUCACAAAUCUUUGACGCAGCAGGAAGCAACGAGACUGGUCGAUUGUUGUUUGGUAUCUCAUGAUCUCAAUCUUUUAGAAGUGGGAUGACUUCAGAUAUUUUCCACGCUGCAGGAAAAACUGACGACAUAAGGAUCGAUUCACAAUGUCCGUCAGCACAGGCAGAAUGCAAGGGAGCGCAUCUUUAAUCACAGACAUGGUGACUUUAUCAAACCCCGGAGCUUUGUUAGAUGAAAAUGACAUUACGGCUCUACGAAUCUCGUGACUCGAAACAGCGCGAAAAUUAAACUUCUCAUCCAUAAUAUAUUGUCCAUUAGUGAAAUCGUUUGGCGGAGACAGUUCAUGAGUAGCAAUCAAGGCUUUAGAUGCCUCUGAUGCUUUAGCGCCAACAGAUACAAAAAACUCGUUAAACUCCUCUGCGACCGCAUUAACUUCCCUCGUGUACACUUGCUGCGUAGCCUCCUUUAUCGGCAGACAAUUCCUUGUCAAUUUCCACUGAGAACUAGUAUUCUGACAACCUUGCCCCCCCUUCUUUAAGCGCCCUCCUUUCAUUAAGCAUCCAUCCUUUCAGCUGAAAUUUGAAAUAAAUGCUUGGGUGCUUAUUCUAGGAAACAAUUAUGGUAAGUUCCUUUAUAGUUAAAAAAAAAUACUGUAAUCUGUCUUGGACACGUUUAGGUCAGCUCCAGGUAUCAACCUUAGAAAGUUGUUCCCUUAAAGCUAUUUAUUAGCGAAUUCUAAGAAAGAUGAUUAGCCCAAAUUCAGGAUUAGUCUCAACCCGUACAACGUAUGAGUAAUUCCUUACCAGGUGUUGAACAACACUAACUUAAGAUCACAUUUGUUGAGACCCAUAUACCCUGUUGUCCUUUACAGGUUUUCAAAGGAAGCAAAGCAGAAGCGCAACCCAUACUGCUUUCUUCCAUUUGGAACAGGACCCCGAUCUUGUAUUGGAAUGCGAUUUGCACUCAUGGAGGCAAAAAUAGCAUUGGUGUACUUGCUUAAGAGGUUUAGGUUCCAGCGAAGUGCAGACACUGAGGUAUAGUCUGGACUUAAAAAAAUAAUAAUUAUGUACAAUAAUUUCAUUGUAAGGUAUUUUUAUUUGCAUACCAAUUUUCAGAUGAUUGUGAGAUAUAUGUGAAAGCAGUGUCCAACCAUGGAUGUGGAAGGAACAUUUUUUGAAUUAAAAUGAGAGGAAUUAAAUAGUAAUGUUUAUAUACUGGUACUACUUAUGGUUUGAAAAUCGAAAAAUGUCCUGUGUGUAGUUGACAUUAUCCUUUGAAGGCCUCACCGCUGAACUUUUUUAAAAAAAAAUUAUAAAAACUAUUCAAUCCUCGACCGAGUCAAGCCUAAUCAUCAUCAUCAUCAUCCUUUGGUUGCGCAGUAGUCGACCACAAGUUUCCUCCAUUGAUGGCUGUCUUGAGCCAUCUCCAACAGCUGAUUGUCAUUUAGCAGAUUAUCAGGAUCCCCCAGAACCUAAGAAACCUUCCUUUUAACAGUGUCAACUUCUAGGGGUCACCCCUCCCCCCCCCCCUCCCCAGCCUGGCCAGGGAUGUUUGUUCCUUGAAAAGAUGUUGUGGUUCUGUACAACUUGAAUACAACUGCGGGAAACACUAACAAAAUGGACAACAAUCAACACUAACAAAAUGGAACUGAAAACAAAUCAUUUCUUGGCAGCGAGUAAACGUAUUUUUUCGAAAAAAGUCACAAAGCCUGUUAGAUUUUAGACUUCCUGGUGCAGUUUGUUUGUAGGGUGUAUACAUGUAUUCAAGGCGGCAGCCACCCUUAUGAAAAGUUCAAACAGACCUCUCAUUUGCAUUUUCCUUUUUACAUUUUAGGUUCCCCUUCAGCUAGAGGCACCAAUUACGAUGUCGCCCAAGAAUGGAAUUUACGUCAAGAUUGUUCCAAAGACAUAAGGAGCAGUUCUUUCAUUAAAACUCGUAAAAUAGCAAGAAAAAAACUGUAUUGCGAAUUGUGUUAUUGCCAAUGUAACUUUGUUAUGUAUUGCCAC